AUGUUCGUCAUCAAGAGAGACGGACGUAAGGAACGCGUGCAGUUCGACAAAAUCACUGCUCGAGUGUCCAGGCUGUGCUAUGGCCUUGAUCCAGAUCACGUCGAUGCAGCAGCCAUCACACAGAAAGUCAUCUCUGGUGUCUACCAGGGUGUGACGACCGUCGAACUCGACAACUUGGCAGCCGAGACUGCAGCAUAUAUGACAGUCACCCAUCCGGACUACGCCGUCCUCGCUGCCCGUAUCGCCGUGUCAAACCUCCACAAGCAGACCAAGAAGCAAUUCUCUUCCGUAGUCUCGGAUCUCUACCACUAUGUCAACCCGAAGAACGACAAACCCUCCCCCAUGAUUUCCAAGGAGACCUUUGAAUGUGUCAUGAGGCACGCUGACGAGUUCAACUCGGCCAUUGUCUAUGACCGAGACUUCAACUACCAAUACUUUGGUUUCAAGACGUUGGAGAGAUCAUACCUCCUCAAGAUUGGCAAGCAAGUUGCUGAGCGGCCCCAACACAUGCUGAUGCGUGUGGCGGUGGGCAUCCACGGAGAUGAUGUUGAAAAGGCCAUCGAGACGUACAAUCUUAUGUCCCAGAAGUGCUUCACCCACGCUUCGCCGACUCUGUUCAAUGCCGGGACACCUCAACCCCAAUUGUCAUCGUGCUUCUUGAUAGAUAUGAAAGAAGACAGCAUCGAGGGCAUUUACGACACCCUCAAGACCUGCGCCAUGAUCUCCAAGACAGCGGGAGGUAUUGGUCUCAAUGCCCAUUGCAUUCGUGCCACAGGAUCCUACAUCGCAGGCACCAAUGGUACCUCCAAUGGCCUGAUCCCUAUGCUCCGUGUCUUCAACAACACUGCUCGUUACGUCGAUCAAGGCGGCAACAAGCGCCCAGGUGCCUUUGCCAUCUAUCUCGAGCCAUGGCACGCAGACGUGUUUGACUUUUUGAACCUCAGGAAGAACCACGGCAAAGAAGAGGUCAGAGCGCGGGACCUGUUCUACGCCCUGUGGACUCCCGACCUGUUCAUGGAACGUGUCGAGAAGAACCAAGAAUGGACACUCUUCUGUCCUCAUGAGGCACCUGGCCUCGCUGACGUCUACGGGGACGAGUUCAACGCGCUGUACGAGAGAUAUGAGAAGGAGGGCCGUGGUCGCCAGACCGUCAAGGCGCAGAAGCUAUGGUAUGCCAUCCUCGAGGCACAGACUGAAACCGGUACCCCCUACAUGCUCUACAAGGAUGCUUGCAACCGAAAGAGCAACCAGAAGAACUUGGGUACCAUCCGAAGCUCCAAUCUUUGCACUGAGAUUGUCGAAUACACGGCUCCCGAUGAGGUCGCUGUGUGCAAUUUGGCCUCCCUGGCGCUCCCUACCUUCGUGGACCAAGCUCGGGGUGAAUACGACUUCGGUCGUCUCCAUGAGGUUACUCAGGUUGUCACUCGCAACCUGAACAAAAUUAUCGACAUCAACUACUACCCUGUCCCUGAGGCGAAGAAGAGCAACUUCCGACACCGACCUGUCGGCCUGGGAGUCCAGGGUCUUGCCGAUGCCUUCCUUGCUCUGCGUCUUCCCUUCGACUCUCCCGAGGCCCGACAACUCAAUAUCCAAAUUUUUGAGACCAUUUAUCAUGCCGCUCUCACUGCCUCUUGCGAGCUCGCAAAGGAGCAGGGAGCAUAUGAAACCUACCAGGGCAGCCCAGUUUCGCAGGGCAUUCUUCAAUACGAUAUGUGGAAUGUCACUCCCUCCGACCUGUGGGAUUGGGACUCGUUGAAAGCCGAGAUUGCCAAAUAUGGUGUGCGUAACUCUCUUCUUGUCGCUCCCAUGCCGACUGCAUCGACUUCUCAGAUCCUCGGCAACAACGAAUGCUUCGAGCCGUACACGUCGAAUAUCUACUCUCGCCGUGUCCUCGCCGGAGAAUUCCAAGUUGUCAACCCCUGGCUGCUGAAGGAUCUCGUUGACUUGGGCCUGUGGUCCGAUAACAUGAAGAAUCGGAUCAUCGCCGACGGCGGCUCGGUCCAAAACAUCCCCAACGUCCCUGCGGACAUCAAAGCUCUGUACAAGACCGUGUGGGAAAUCAGCCAACGGACGGUCCUGCAAAUGGCGGCGGACCGUGGUGCCUUUAUUGAUCAGUCCCAGUCCCUCAACAUUCACUUGAAGGAACCAACCAUGGGCAAGAUCACCAGCAUGCACUUCGCGGGCUGGAAAAUGGGUCUCAAGACUGGCAUGUACUACCUGCGCACCAUGGCCGCCACGCAACCUAUUCAGUUCACUGUCGACCAAGAACAGCUGAAGGUUGCAGACACGAACACGGCUCGCGAACGCUCUGCUCCGAAGAAACGUACCUCUCUGGGGUUCGCCGCCAGUGUGAGCAAUUACAACUCGGUCCCAAGACCGAUGUAUCAGUCCAAGACCAGCAGCUUUGGCCAACCCACUACCUCUAUGAAUGGAAUCCCGACACCAACGUCUACGCCGCCUCCGGGUAGUGAACACAAGCAAGUCGGACUGAUGACUCAGAAACUGGCCAAGACCCAUCUUCGUAGCAGUGGCGAUUCCAGCGAGGAACCAUCCCCCAAAGUGCUCCCAACUGAUCCUGUCGGUCUGCCCCCUGACGAGAGCCUCGAGACACGGAUGAGAAGCAAGCAAGAGGAAGACAAAGAAAGCGAGAGUGAGGAGAGGGAAGAAGAUAUUUAUGCACAGAAGGUGCUUGCCUGCUCGAUUGAAAACAAGGAAGCCUGCGUGAUGUGCAGUGGUUAA